AUGCCCGACUCUAAACCCGCCCUUUCCAACGAACCGUCCGUGGGACCUGCAAGCGAACCACCCGCGCAGACAGCACACCAACUGUGCUCUCCCCGCAACAUCCUCGUGCUCGCCGCCUCCUCGCUCGCCAUCGCAUUCCUCCAGUCCACCACAAUCUCGCCCAACGCUCUGCCGCCCGCCUCGCACACGCAGCCCAUCCCACACUGCUUCCGCCCCGCCCACUGGGAGCUCUCGCCCCCCGGCCUCGACCCCCGCACAGCGCACGCCUCCUUCACGCUCUCCACCUUCUACGACUCCCUCUUCAUCGACGCGCUCAACCCCAGCACACACGGCUCCGUCCGCUUCGUCCUCGCCGACCCGUCCGACCCGCCGCCCCCAGGCCCUCCAAGCGUGGCCGUCGACAUCACCGCGCGGGUCGCCGCGCGCGACGAGGCUGCCUUCCGCGCGCGCGCGAGGGUGUGCCACACGAGGCCGCGCUGGACGGAGCCCGGCCGCAUGGAGGGCGUCGUCGUGUCCGUAGACCCCGCGGAGGGAGACGACGCAGCUGAGCGCGCGGUACCAUUCGCAUUCGACAUCACCGUCCGUCUCCCCGCCGGCCCGCCGCGCUCGCCCGUCGUGAUCCCAGCCUUCUCCGCCUCGCUGUGGAACUAUGCCUUUCUCGUCGACGACCUCCGGGACCGCGUGUCCUUCGGCUCCCUCCUCCUGCACGCCAUGAACGCGCCCGUGCGUGUCGAGUCCCUCAGCGGGGCCAGCAUCAGGGUCACCAGCUGGAACGGCGACAUCACGGGCUCCUUCGAGGCGACGUCCAGCAUCGACUUGUACGCGCACAACGGCGCGAUCGCCGCCAACGCGAGCCUCGCCCGGCCCGCGCGACCCGCUGGCGCGCCGCCCGUCGUCCCCCGGCUGUCGAUGGCGUCCACCGACAAACCGAUUGCGGCUCAUGUCUCCCUGCUCACGGCGCCUGGCGCGGGAGACGGAGACGACCCCUGCAAGCAUGCGUACAGGGCCUCGUUCGCCGCGUGGCGCGCCCCGCUCUCUGUGUCGUUCCUCGCAGCGCCCAGUGACGACCUGAACCUCACCGUGUCCGCGUCGAACGCGUACGCCCCCUCGACGAUCGCCCUCCCCGACUCGUUCACGGGUACGCUUUACGCGCGGUCGACUCAUCCGCACAUCCCAACGGUGCACCAUGAGACGGAGUCGCAGCUGGAGAUGCACGGCAGGACGGUGUCGAGGGGCGAGUAUGGCGAGAUGCACGUCGUGUCCGGGGCCGUGCGGAGAGGAGAUCGGGCGUGCGGAGAGGUAGAUGCACAGGCUGUGCAGGGCGACGUGGCAUUAUACAUCUAG